AUAGACCUACUGCUCCGAUGUUGAAAUACACAGUGCUCGUUUUACUUGUAGGGAUACCCAAGUUAUUGUUGCAGGCACAAGUGUCGUAUGAGGCGAUCUUUGUGUCACUGACCAGUGAAGAGAACUCCAAACCAUUUGACCUUUCAAAUCUUCGACUGAUUGGUCGCGAGCGUAUUUUGAAUGGGACUUUUGAAGUACUCGAGGAUUUGGACGAAGAACAUUUUCAGAUAUCUGUGGAAAUUUACUCGAAUGCUGCUCGCGACGGCAAUUUUAAGCUAAUUCCCUUGAGCAUUCCACGUCAAGGAUUGUGUACAUUCUUCAAAAAAUAUGGUUUCUAUUUGAGGGACUGCAUCAAAAAUGGCAUUAACACCGAUUUAUAUGUAAACACAACUUCUUGCUUGUUUCCCAAAGGAAAGUACUAUUUAAAGAACGUCACUAUAAACGUGCAAAACUGGCCAAUAAUAAUGCAGCGCGGCCUUUGUCGACACGUUGGAACUCUCUAUAAAGAUGAUGUACAGAUUGGCUCAUAUAAUAUUACCUCCUCCAUCGAAGACCGUGCUCCAAAAUAUUAUUAACAUUUAGUACCGUUAAAAGUUCAUGUUGUACUAGCGGAAUUAUACACAUUUUUGUCUAAUUAAAAAAUUUACAUUUUUCAAAAAUAUCAAUCCAUAUGCUAUAGAGUAAAUGGUCUAAAAUAAACAUAAUUUUCACUAAUGCCAAUUUGUAUAUUACAUUUGUAAUAUCAUAUAAUCUCCUAUCAGCUAUCU